CUCAAGCGAGCGUUUUCACCGCUUGCAUGCUAUGCUGGGGCCAUGUUCCAUGCUGAAGGCAGCCAUGGCCCGGCGCCAUGCCCACCUGCAACUCCGUCUGCUUUGCGGGCAAGAGGAGAAGUUUCUGGUCCAAAGGCUUUAGUUGGAGCAUGGAGUGUUGCAAAUUUCGGAAAGGGCGACGAAAAUCAGGACGCGUUUUGCACCUCGUGCAGCGAAAGCGGAACAAAAUGUUUCGUUGGCGUUUUUGAUGGCCACGGAAACCAUGGCAAAACAAUGUCCCACUUCGCCAAGCAAGCUUUGAGCAAGAGCUUGUUCAGCAACAUUGACAUUCACACGGAGCCGGUCGACGCCAUCCAGGCCGCAUUUCGUGACACACAGGAGAAAAUCGAGAAGGAACACCGCCACCACGCUGAACUGUCUGGCACGACAGCCAUCACAGCUUAUCAGCACCGCAACCGCUUGGUAGUUGCCAACGUUGGUGACUCAAGGGCUGUUCUGGGACGGUGUAGCACGCCUGCUCGUCAGACUGUGUCUGCGGUAGAGCUUUCAAUUGACCAGAAGCCAGCUCGUCCUGAUGAACGCCAGAGAAUAAUCGCGGCAGGUGGCACAGUUGAUCAAAUGGCCAUUCCGGUGGUGCAGCGAGGUGGUGUGAGAUGGAUCAGGGCAGGCCCCGAAAGGGUCAUGGACAAGCAAGGGAUGGGUGGUUUGGCAAUGUCGCGCGCGCUUGGUGACCUCAGGCUACAUCCUUACGUGAUUUCUCAGCCAGAGGUUGUUGAGCGCAAGUUGGAUAGCCGAGACAAGGUGCUGGUUUUGGCGUCUGACGGUGUUUGGGACCAUAUCAGCUCACAAGAGGCAGUAGACAUUGCAGGAAAAUUUGAUGAUCCCAAAGCAGCAGCUCGCGAAAUCACUGGAAUUGCACGUCACCGUUGGCAGAUUGCGACUGAGGGCCAGAUGUCUGACGACAUAACAGCAGUUGUCGUUCGCUUGAACGCAGUUGGGGAGCCAAGUAUAAGUGCAUCUUCUUCGGCGCCAGUGACUGCAUUGAAAGAUCCUGCUCAAAUGCGGAGGACAAGCGUGCUGACAUCGCUUUUUGGAGGGCCACCACAGCGCCGCGGGGGCAGGAUCGAGGCUGGUCGGCAAGAUGUAAGGAAGCCAGCAUCACCGGCUUUCGCUUUGCCAUCACAUCCGAAUGGUCUACGCUUGCCAGAGUGCCCACGCGUGUCCGGCAAGACUCGUUCUAUCACUGCAUCAGGCCGCAGAUCUGAUGCUCCGGUCUCCACCGGCUUGAGGCCAGUUUCAACAGGAGGUCCAACUCAGCGAUUGGUUCUGGACACACUUCCACCUCCAGGGCAUCGGAACGGCCUCCUUUGAGGCAAACUGUUUGACCCAUCAUAUUGUCAGUAGCAGGUCAAUUAGUUUAAUUGACAAGACUUGAUCUCACGUCUCCUUGGGAAGCGGAGGAGGGCCGAAAGAUAGGCUGGAAUAAGGAUUGUAAAUAGUAUCGGUUAGCUGCUGUCUCCGUGUCCCAGACUCCCAGACCAAAGCCACCAUUAUUUGUCUUUGAGAGGCGAUCUGCCAGUUUGGACAUCAUGUGUCACAAUUUGCAGUAGACAUGCGCAUGCCUGCAGCUGAGUUUCCAAAGCGGACACAUCACGAAGGAAAAAGA